GGAAAUCAGUCUGAGUAUUCAUUGGAAGGACUGAUGUUGAAGCUGAAACUCCAAUACUUUGGCCACCUGAUGCGAAGAGCUGACUCAUUUGAAUAGACCCUGAUGCUGGGAAUGAUUGAGGGCAGGAGGAGAACGGGACGACAGAGGAUGAGAUGGUUGGAUGGCAUCACCAACUCAACGGACAUGAGUUUGAGUAAACUCCGGGAGUUGGUGAUGGACAGUGGCGUGCUGCAGUCCAUGGGGUCACAAAGAGUUGGACACGACUGAGUGACUGAACUGAACUGAACUGAUGGUUUCUUAGUUUUGCACUAGGAAGAAAGUACUCUAAGAGAAUGUUCACUCAUUAAAUGUUGAUUUACUCGUUAAAUACUGUGUUCGCAAUGUGGUAGAAAUGAAAGCACUAUCUCAGCUUUAUCUAGGAAAUGCUGAUAGCUGUCAUUUAUUGAGCAUCUUACACUGCUAGGCAUUGUCUUAGGCAUUGCACAUGUAAUGUCUAGUUCUCACUACAAACUCUAUAAGCAGAUGUUACCCCGGUUUACCCAUUUAGGAAACUGAGGGUUAGAGAAGUUAAGAAACUUGCCUGAGGAAAGAACAGAGUUGGGAUUGGAAUUCAGAUGUGAUUCAAACCUAGAUGGACCUGUUUCUAAAUACCACAUUCUUUUUAUCAAUAUCUGUACUGGAUUUUUAGGUAUUUAAAACUCUAGAAAGAUAAACAGAGGCUAAUUCAGAUUUACCUGUGCAGAUAAGAAUCAAAACAGUUGUUCUACUCUAGAUAAAAGAAAAUCAAUCUCAUGUCACAUAACUGACCAGUCAAUGUCAGAUUUUAAAGUUUCUUAAGCCAAUUACAAAAUAUUAUGCUAUAGAGAGGUCAUAGUUGUGGGUUACCCCCAUUCCCCAACUGGGGUGCCUGAAUGAGUAAAGGGGUUGCCAAGAUAUGUAUACCUCAGCCUUCGGGGUGGCACAGUGGGAGACGGGGAGGUCAUGUCCCAGGCGAGCCCUGCUGGCCAGAGAUAGCUGGAGAGUUUACCCCAGCGAGCCAGACAGAUUAACCUUUUAAAUAUGUGCCAGACCUUGAGAGGAGUCAGGAAGCGCUGGACUAAAGGGCACUAAUGAAGGAAGUAAUAUGAGUAAUUUUUGUGUAAGAUGAGAAUUGAUCUUUGCUUCUAACGUCAGCACCCAUCGUAAUGAUUUACAACCCUCAAGCCUGUUGAUUUUUAAUGUGUUUUAUAUUAGACUUAAAAGGAAUUCUGGUGGUAUUAACACACAUGCAACAUCAGGAAGAGAGACUUCAAAGUCAUGUGCCAUAAAGUAGGCAGCAGAGAUAAACCAUAAACCCCAUUUUGCAUUUAAAUAUAAAAGUAUUCUGUCCUUGACACUUUGAACUAUAGAGAUGAGAAAAUCAAUACAAAAAAUAAUUUGCAUUCAGUAUUGUCACAGUCUUUCUGAUAGAAAAACCAAACCAAAAAACAGUAGAGACUAACUUACCUAUUACUGAGUACAGUUUUUAAGUGAAGAAAAAAGAGAGGAAGUGAAAUUUAUGACCUCUGGGUAUUGUUAGUUGUAGUGAUAUUCAAAACCCAUAUGAAUAUUAUUCAGUUUCACUUAAUAUCUGAAUGAUAUUCAGAAAAAGUCCAUUGGAAUUUACAUUCAGCUGCUCAGUAUAUUUGUAAAUUUUACAUUCAUUACAUGUCUACUUUAUUUAGAUUUGCUUUGGAGUUUUGUUUAGAUAAAUAUUUUUACAAAAACCACAAAGCACUAUGUUACAAUGUAUUAUUUAUUGAAUGUAAUUCAUGAAACAAUCUAUUUUUACUUCUCUGAGAAAUAACUUGUUUUUUAUACAUUUCCAUAAAGUGCUUUGGACAUGAGAGAAUAUUUUGAUGUUUUUAUAGAACUGAUGUUAAGGUAACAGGUAUAGUAUUUUAGGACACUUUACAGGUAGCUUUUGCUUCUUCAUUGAAACAUAGACCUGGAAAAUUCCCUGGGAAGCAGAACAAAAACAAACCAUCCAUUUUGCGUAACAGUAAAGCCUCAACUACUCAUUCUCACCAUCAGAUGGUAUUUUUCUAUAAACUGAAUUUUUAACUUUGCCUCUUCUGCUGAUUAUUCCCUUCCACCAAACACUGAUUCGAUAGGCAACAGAUCUGGGGUGAGUAGAAAUCAAAGACAGGAUCCCAGGAAAAUGGGACAGACCCACGCUUGUUUAAAUAACUACGCUCCUUUAGAGGUAGAUGACAAUGACAAGGGGGACAAAUGAAAUGAAAGCAAGGUAUUUUAGAGGCUGUCUAAUGGGCAGGUGGGAAGAAUGCAAAACAACGCACAGUAGGGACUGUCUAUGUGUUGUCUGUAAUAUUUUAACGUGUACUUGUGUUCUUUUUGCAUUAUUAAAAAAACAAAUGGUGUAUGAUAGUUUUGAAUGAACAGUGAAAGUUCUACCUAGUUUUGAGUGAGUUCUUUAAAAGAAUGAGGAUGUUACGGUGCUAAACUUGACAAAAAAAGAGAGACCAUUGAAAUACUGAUAAUUUUAGUAACCUUUUUUCAAAGCAUUGAGGGGGCAAAGAUUACAGAUUAUGCCGUUCAAAAAUAAACAUAAAUCUGAGUUACUAAUUUGACUUUCAGUUGAGUCAGUUUGUAAUAACUAUUAAUGACCUCUGUUUACAAUAAAGAUUCUGUAAAAUUGUUUGCUGUUGAUCUUUUUAUUGUUAAAAUAUUGGCAGGUUUCUACUCACUCCUGUAAACGUGUUGAAUAGCUUGAGAAUUGGGCACCACCAGUGUUUAUGUCAUCUCUCUGGAACCCUAGAGCUCAGAGUGAGAGGUUGUACAGCCCAUCUGGAAGGUCCUGCCCUCUGCACUGCAGAAGGCCUCUCUUUCUGGUGGCUUUUCCCCAGCAUCCCACGGGAAUGUGCACAAUGGUCUGUCCUCUCUGCAAGAGGCCAGAGCUUAGAUAAGAAAGGGUUAAAGGUUUGCCAGAGGGCAGGCUCCAGGGCCGAUGGGUGGAGCCUCAGAGGCUCAGGUCUAAAAUCCUCACCUGGUGUGAUUCAGAGAGACCCACUGGAAAAAGUCCCUGAGGAUCAGAGAUAUAAAAUUAUCCUUAUCAGCUGUUUUGAAGUCAAAUCUACUAGUUACAGAUCUAUCUCUUCAACUUAGAAUCAGGCAUUAUGAAAAACCCGUGUUUCCGAGUGAUUGCCAUGGUUAUAGGUCUUUAUUUUACUGGCACAAUGACAAACCCAUCAAGAAGAAGCAGUAUUUUAUUCAAUUCCAAGUGCCAAUGGAAUGGAUAUCUUACAACAAAUCGUUCUUUUGCUCGAAAGCAUGAAAUACCCGUGGACAUAUCACAGAUAGCACCCACGGUGGAUGAAAGUUCCAAUUUCUUUAGGGUUCGCUUACAAACUCACAUGAAAAAAGAAGAAUGGAACAUAAAACACCUGGACCUUAGUAACAAUCUCAUAUCAAAAAUAACCUUAAGCUCUCUUGAACAUUUUCAUGCUUUGGAAAUACUAAACCUCAGCAACAACGCCAUCCACUCAGUAUUAUUGGAUCUACCCAGUUUUAAGUCUUCAUGGGUGAAACGCCACAGAGGCAGCUUGAGAAAUCGGCUUCCAUUUCUAAAGUUGCUUACUCUUCAACGAAAUAAACUCAGCAACAUUCCCAAGGGACUAUGGAAACUGAAGUCAUUACAGAGUUUGGAUCUGUCAUUCAACAGGAUAUCACAAAUUGAUUUGUCUGAUUUUCAUAACUGCCUGCAACUGGAAAACCUCCAUUUAAAGAGCAACAGGAUAUUCAGAAUUCAUCCAGAAGCCUUCAAGGACCUAAAAAAAUUACAGAUGGUAGACCUCAGAAACAAUGUGCUGACAGCCAUCCUGCCAGUGGUAGUCAUGGCUCUAGAACUUCCUCACCUGGAGGCUGACCUGGCUGAUAACCCAUGGCAGUGUGACUACAGCCUGGCAGUCUUCCAAAAUGUUAUUUCUGAGUCCUGGAGGAAAAGGUGGAAUGCCAUUUGCAGCGAGUCCUUAGGGAAGGAGGAUGCACACUGGUGGACCCUCACAAGCAGAGUGUCCAGAGAGACUCGCCUUCCUCACGCUGAUCUGAAUCAUAUGAAAACCAUCAUAGGGAGCAAAGCUGAGAGGGCCCCGGAAGCGCGCUAUUCCAUGCUGGAGAAGGACACUGCAGGCUCUGAUGUUGGUGACAGGCCGAGACAGCUGCUAAAACGGGUUAGGAGGGCCGAGGAUGUGCAUGCUGCUGGCAGAAAGGAAGGCUCUUCCCAGGACCUGGUCCUGGCCAUCUGCCUGUCGGUGUUCAUCACAUUCUUCGUGGCUUUCUGCCUGGGGGCUUUUGCGAGGCCUUAUGUGGACAGACUGUGGCAACAGAGAUGCCGGAAAAAAAGUCCAGGUUCAGCGUCAGGGAACGUGUAUUCAAACCAGGCCUUCUACGAUGAAAUCGAAGGUGCAGUAAACCUACAGCAGCCGAGGAUGGAUCUGCGCCAAACUGUCCACCAUCUAAACCUCUAUGAGAACCAGGCCCCACGCGCCACUGUGGUUCCUGCAAGAACAGUGGCACCGAGCAGAAGGGAGGCUGGUGGCCGGCAGGACAGGGGACAACGCGGGGUCCCCACUGGGGCAGAAAGUGGGAUGGAUAAGGUGCCCCCAAAUCACAGUGCAGCCCGGCGCGUUCUCUACGGACUGCCAAACGCCCGUGGCACCCAACUCACGUUGGCGGGAUGGGACCACAUCUACAGGAAUGAUGUUCCUGGAGAAGGCAGCUCCGACACUGUGGCCAGGCAAGUUUCCCUUGGUGAGCGUUCAGUGGGCAUCCCUGCAGUGGCUGCCGGAAUGCAGACCAGCCCUGGCUCAGACCAUAAGGAUUCCAAUGAACUAGGCCCACCCCGCCCCAGGGAAACGACAGCGCCUCUCUGCCAAAGGCCAGCGCGCACACAGGCGCUGAGCCCUGGGGCGGAGAGCAGAGGGGCUCCCCCACACUUCCCUUCGGAGUUUUCUAAGGAGAAGGGGCAGAGCCCACAGCAGCAGAGCCUCCAGGAUGCCGGUGCUGAGGGACAACCUCCCGCCCACUACGAGGCGGCCGCGCUCAGUGACGCGGGAGACCCGUCCCCACUCGGCAUCCCUGCAGGAUGCGGCGGGGACCUGCCGGUGACUCCAGCUUACCAGGAGCCCACGCAGAAGCACACUCCUGACGCUCAGUACGAGGUGGACUCUGACUCCGAUUCUGAGGAAGGGUCUUUAUUUACUCUGAGUUCAACAAGUUCAGAAGACUGGAGAAAUGUGGCGGAAGAGGAGGCAGGUGGGGAGCAGAGCCAGAGAGCAGGGGAGCUCCCUGGGGACCAGGUCUCCUGUGAGAGGAAGGACAGUUUCAGGCCAUUAGAGAGUCCUGAGAACAACAUCGCCUUCCAGAAGACUCUGAGGAGAUGUGAAAAUCAGGAAGAUCAUUUUGGGAAAACUGUCAUUUCUGACCCAGACUCUCAUUUGUGUGAGACUCACCUGGAAGUUGCCUUUAACUUCAUUAAAUAUGAGGAUUCCUUGCCCCAGUCGUCAGGCAGCAGUCCGAGCAGUGAGGAGGUCCCAAGCAUGUCCAUUUACAAUUACAUCUCAGCUCUUCAACCCAGCACAGUGGAAUGGCAGUACUCACUUCGAGACUUGGAAUUUGCAAAUGUGGAUGCUUUACCGCAAACACCACCCUGCUCUGCCAAAGUUUCCUCAGAUCCUGACAGGUGUCUGUUGUGAAGGAGACGCAGAUGUUUGUAAAGAACUUUAUGUUCAAGGAAUAGACACAGCUCAAAACAGUAUUUCUUCCAAGGUCACUGCAGGGCAGAACUUGAGAACCUCACAACAAGAUUUUGAAGAGGACAACAAGAAUGGACACUGACGCAAAUGAGGGGUGUGUAUGUCCUCUUGGGGACAAUGAUCCCAGAAAGGUUAUAAGUGAAACACCAUUUAUGAAGGGGUAGGGGCCAGGAGGGGUAUUUGGAAGAUGGUUUCAAGAGCCAGGUACCACUAUUACAAGUGCUUCCAGAUAAAGCCAGCUCACUGAGCACAUAGGAGCACUUCAGUGAUAAAGACUGGGGUCAGCACUCAAAGCUGAAUCAAUGAACUAGAUUCUCUAAAUUCUUCUCUAUGUUUAGUUAAUUCUAAUAUAAAACUGCCAUUCACAAGACAUGGGUCAUUUAGGUAAGGAAGCAUUGAGAUACCUAAACAUCAAAGGUUCCAAUUAAAUUUUACACUAAAAUUUAACACUGAUGGUAUUGCAGUUAGAAAAAAGGUGAUUCCAAUUUUUGUACUCAAAUCCAGACCCAGAGAAACCUGAUGGGAGUUAGCUGUCCAUGUGAGGACCAGAUCUGCUAUGACAAACACAAGGAUGUUCAACCUGAAAAUCAAAGGGGAUUCAAAUAACAUUUUUAGUGCAUAUUGAAGCACUUAGAUGGAGCUCCUAAGGAGAUUUUAAUGAAUUUUGUACAAAGAACAGCAUAGCUUUUUGGAGUUUGAUUAGAAAACUACAAAACCGGAGGGAUUCAGAGCAAUUCUAAAUAUUUGUUAAAAAAAAUGUUAAUGAAGACUCCAUUUUGUAGAACAAAGUGUAAAUUAAAAGUUAAUUUUCAGGAAGAACAUUUAUGUUUCUUGUAAAAAAAAAAAGGUACUCCACCAUUCUGUUUGCCUGGUAAAUAUCUAUGCUGUUGUCAUUUUUGGCUAUGUCUGGCUUGGUCCCAGACCCUCUUGUCUUCUCUGUUUUCUUUCCCUGAGUGAGCUGUUACUUGUCAUGGCUUUUAAUUGUUAUUUUCUGCUUCUGUAACUCCAGCUCUGAAAUCUUUCGGGAACUUGAAACUCAUAUCCAGCUGCCUUUUGGAUAUCCUCAUAGGGAGUUCAGUCUAAGCAUGUCCAAAGUGAAACGCAGUAGCAGCCCCUGAUCCUCUCCAUCACCACCCCCAGUCUGAUCCUCCAUUUCACUAUCUGCCCCGUUGCUCCAUCCAGGAACCUGGGGGUCUUCCUCUCCUUGCUGCCCACAUCUGAUUGUUUUCAUUGCGUGCAAUCACUUCCAGCCCCUCGAUAUCUGUCUAGUCUGUUCUAUCCUCUCUGUCCACACAGCCCCAGCUCCAGUGCUCACCUUGACACUGCCCCAGGUCUGUGACGACAGCACACGGACUGGUUUCUUCAGCGCUGGUCCUCUGCGCCUUUAUCGUUCCCACACUGCAGCCAGGGAGCGGCUCCUAAAACCCAAGAGUGAUCACAUGGCUCCCAUUCUUUGUGGAUGUAGUCUUUUCUGUUUUGUUUUUUUUCUUUUUAAUAGCACCACGUAACUCCCUGUCUCCAGACCUUUGCCCACAUCGCAUCUGCCUGCAGUGUUCUUUCCAACCCCAGCCAACCACCUCGCCACCAAACAAGCCCCCCUUUAAGCUCAGUAGACCCUUCCUGAGUCUCAGCCUUAACUGUCACUUCCUCAUGGAAGCCUCCCUGGACCCCUAGACUCAGUUGGAUUUUCCUGUUGCAAACUCUCAUCACACAAGCAUUGUCCUUCACGAGGAGAGCUUAUCGCAAGUAAAGUUGAAUAAUUAUUUGUGUGAUGGUUGAUUUACUGUCUGUCUGCCUCUUCUAUACUCUUAUCUCCACAAGAACAACAAUGUGUCUUGUCUCCUAAAGGUAUGGCAUUUAAUAGGUUCUCGAUAUAUGGAUUUAUUAAAUAAAUGAAUGAAAAUGAACUCUUUAGUAUUGAUCUGGCCCCACUUUCCAUCCGACUUUUCAUGUGGUAUUUAUCUCACUGUGCAGUACCUCACUCUGAAAUCCACAGUUACAGACACACCAGACUAUGUCACCCUUGCCCACUCUGCUCCCCACAUUUAGGGGCACAUCUGGCCUUUCCGCUAAGUCCACCUCCUCUGCCUGGAAGAUGUCUCUGCUGUUUUUGAGACACUGUUUAAGGUCACCUCCCCCAGGAGCCUUUCUCAGCUCAUUCCACCCAAGUAGAAUGGACCACUUUCUUCCUCCCUCCAGCCCCUGCUAUACUGCUGUGUGCUCCGGUGAAAACAAGGCUUCACAUGGCUUGACUGAGAUCUACUGGAGACGCUUCUAUGGGCUGGAUGAAGUUCAUUACCAGCACAGGGUCUAUGAAGCUGAAAAUCAUCUCAGAGUUUGCAGUUACUUUAUAAAGUGAAAAAUUACUUUCUAUUUCAGCAGCAUUGAAGAAAAACAGUAUAUAUGGCCUUGACUAUUUUUGUUUGUUUUUGUUCACACCUCCCCCCAAAAAAAGCUUCUGGUAAUGCAGCAUAAACGUCACAGGCAUUGCAGUUAAGUAGGUCUGUAUCUCAGCAAGUGCUCAAAAAAAUUUUUUAAACCCCUCUCAAUAUGCCUGCUUGGACAGAGGAGCCUGGAAGGCUACAGUCCCACGGGGUCACAAAUGAGCAACUAACAGACAGUACAUACACACACACACACACACACACACACACGCUUGGCUAAUGCUGCUUGAUGUGAGUGAGAUUUGAGGCCUGCUACUUCCAGAUUUCCAAAAUGUCUCACCUUUGGGGUCUGCCCCCAAACUGACUCAAACUUCAGAAUUCCUAAGUUCCUUAGAUACCCUUUACCCCAGUUUCACUUAUUCCAAUUAUGCCUCUAGUUCUAUUAUGACACAAAUGACCUUUCAAACAUCUCACUUUUCAUUAAGAUAACAUUUUUUAAUUUCUUUAGCAGAGUAACUCAAAUUUUUAUCAGCUUAACAAUUCCAUAAUAUUUUCAUCUAAGAAAACAUUGGGAAAACCCCUGGCACAAUUAACCUUUACAUGUUUCUAAGUCUAUGAAACACAACUUGGACACAUGGCUGUACAAACAACAUAUGAAACAUUAAAAUACUUUUCUUAAAAAAGCAACUAGUGCCACAUUUACUUGUCUUUUUGAUGUUAUUUCAGGUUCAGUAGAGUCAUUUUGGUUCAAGUUGACAAAAAUUUCCCCUACCCCUCUAGAAUGGUUCAAGAUGUAAGUCCUCAGGCCUCUUUCCCCUUCUCUCCUUGGGAAGGAUUCAUCUUGCUCUUUCAGUGGCCAUGCAGGGUGAAGAAGAAAACAAAGGAAUAACCGCUGGAACCACCAAACGGCAGAUAGAUAUAAGCUAAGAGACAUUGCCAUAUUUCCAGUUCAUUUGAAAGACAAAAUCCAUUCGACUCAAGGCUACAUGUUUUUCAGACCCAAGGGAGAUGGAAGUGAGAGGGGGAGAAGGAGUUCCUUUUGUCUAUGAGUUUCACUAGAACUAGAUUACUGUCAUCAAAAAGUGGCUGGUCACAGACUUACAAUAGGAGGUCUUACUAGCAAGUAGCAGGAAAGUGUGCUGUCUUUCUGUUGCCUGAAAGUCUUAUAUUCAUGAGAAGUUGAGGGCAAAAACUGUCUAAACAUUGUUUCUGCACAAACCAGCAAGUUUAUAUUUUUCAAAUAUCCAUGUUAAUGUUCUACUACUAUCUGAAAAUCUAGGUGUUGUGGGCAGUGAAAGUGUUACUGAAUUCUAAGGCUCUGCAGACUCUAUAUACUUUAACAUACUCAAUAUAACAAGCAUACUUCAGUCACCGUAAUGAACAAGGACAUCCCAAACCUGGGCACGAAAUCUUUCAGUCUUUUCUUGGUAGGUAUUUUGUCUGCCUUUGUGUGUAUAUGUAUCUGCAUCCUGAAGCAAUGUGUGCCCUUACACAUGAUAACAUCUUGGUUUGUUUGAAUAGCUGCAACCCAAAUAUAACACUUGUUAUUGGAAAAGAAAACUCUUAUUUUUCUUUGAAUGUCGUUAUUGACUGUGGCUUUUCAUGACUCAAUAUAUUUUAAUUAACCAUAAUUUUUGGUUUUAUUUUUAGUUUUUGCUACUUAGAUUGUUGCAAUUUGGUCAAUCAAUCCUCCUUUAGGCUAGCUUCUCCAUCUUUGUCCAGAAUUUCUAAAGCAUCGUUACUUUCUGACAAUAAAUGUUCCAAGUCUGUCUAGAAUGUUACCCCAAGAAUGGAAUCAGCUUCUCUCCAAAGAGACCUGCUUUCAUUGGUGGAGAAU